AUGACAGAAUAUAUUAUGCGCGCCCUAGAACUUCGUCUACCACGGCAUAUAUUUAAUACCAUAGCAUGGGUCUAUUACUAUCUUCUCCCUCCUCUGAACCCAAUUCCAUAUUAUCGCUCCUUCAGACGCAACAUGGAUGCAAGGCAAAGAGAUCGCAAGAUCAACCAAAUGCGACAACAGCUACCGGCAGCCACAGAAACCACAUUUUCUAGCGGCACCGGGCCUCUUUUCACUCAUGUACCAGCCGAAAUCAGACGCCAGAUUCUCAUUCACGCAUUUGGGGGGCGAACAAUCCAUCUUGACCUUGAUUUUGAGCACCGAGAUUCAAAUAUCGGUGAACUAAGGUGGUCCAGCUGCGUUUGCCACAGCAGCAAGCCAGGUCUGCCUCACAAACUGCGGUAUGACGACUUCUUUAAACCAAAGGAUAGAAUUCGUACCGCUGAGAAGAGGAACCCGCUCGACUGUCCUAGCAUUUCCGAGGGAUCGCUCUCUCAGCUUUGUCCAAGCCCCGAUGAAUGUAGGGUCGGAGCCUCAGGUUGGCUGCUCUCUUGUCGCCAAGCAUAUGCGGAGGGAAUUGCGGUCCUUUACCACACUAACACGAUUCAUAUAGACUCCGAAAUACUAUUAAAAGGCAUUCAAGACAUCCUGCCGCCAGGAAAACUAAAUUUGAUUUCGUCUCUUGAAAUCACCAUGAACUCCUAUGGCGCUUAUCUUGAUUCUUUCACGGGGGUUUGUCGAGAUGCCACUCCCAAUUCUCCGUCCAUUCCGUUUCCUUCACUUUCUCGGCUACAUAUCAUGAAUCCUAGCGAUGGACAUGGUUUACACUUCAUGGUUCCAUAUUGUGUCGAUCAUCUCUUAGGGCGCGCGGUGCUUCCUACAACGGUGGUCACUGCAUCAAGUAAUUCUUGGCGCAAUUUUUCUAAAUUUGAUCUCCAUUUACUAGAGAGCCAGGGACAGGAGAAGACACAAAUGAAAUGGGCGGAUAUCGGUGGGUUGGUGUGCUGGAGAGAAAUACCGGUGGAUCAGAAAGUUGCUAUUACUGAGAACGCAUCAGCGAGACGCGGGUAUUGGUGGCAUGUUCCUGAAGACCUCAUGGAUUUUUCCGACCUUGGUAAGUUUGUCUCUCCUAUUCCGAUUCUCCUGUUCAUUUCACUGAUAGAGGGCAACCCAGAUCAUAUCGAAUUAUAUAUCAGAACGGAAUAA